AUGUCGAUAUGCCUGCAAGUUUCCAGUGGUGGAAUUCGUCACAGCAGGAGGGAUUCCUGGGAAAAAUCCGGUUUUUCGAGGCAUAAGUUGGCUCUGGCGAGAAGGCCAGCUACGACCUCCUCCGAUUCUUCGAAGUCUUCCUCGGAGCAGCAGCAGGAGGAGGCCAAAGGCGUCCCAGAAUGGGCCAAGCCGGGAUCUGAUGUUCCUCCUCCUUGGGCUAGCGGCGAGAAGAAACAGGUCUCCUCAGAAGGCUUCCAGGAUUUGCCUUACAUCGUUUAUCUGGUCGGCUCCAUUUUCGAGUACUUCAACAAAAAUCCCGUGUUUGGGGUGAUUCAACCGGACAGUCCCUUCUACACACCGGCGUUCCUAUGGUUUAGAGCUAUCAAACUUGCGAACAAGGACGCUGAAAGGCAGGACAAAGAGGACGGUUAUUUCUAA